CCUCCCCUUGCUCCUCUAUGCUCAGUUCGGUGUGUGUCUCCUCUUUCAAAGGGCGCACGGGUGGGAACAAGUCGUCCAACAAAGCAUGUUACAGCGCAGACAUGACUUGUCCGUCAGACAGCGAGAAAAUAGUGAUAAACUGCGGGGGGAUUCGGCACGAGACGUACCGCAGCACACUGAAGACGCUGCCUGGGACCCGCUUGUCCUGGCUCACGGAGCCAGAUGCGUUUAGUAACUUUGACUAUGACCCAAAAUCCGACGAGUUUUUCUUUGACCGUCACCCCAACACCUUUGCUUUCAUCCUUAACUAUUACCGCACAGGGAAGUUGCAUUGUCCCAACGAUGUCUGCGGUCCUCUCUUCGAGGAGGAGCUCGCGUUCUGGGGUAUCGACGAGACGGACGUGGAGGCUUGCUGCUGGAUGAACUACCGACAGCAUCGGGACGCCGAGGAAGCGCUGGACAGCUUCGAGACGCCCGAGCCGGACCUGCCAGAGGACGACCCGGCGCUAACGGGUGGUGCGGACGGGGACUUGAAGAGGUUGUGUCUACAGGAGGAUGGUCGCAACCGCAGCCGGUGGAGUACCUGGCAGCCCUUCAUGUGGGCGCUGUUUGAGGACCCCUACUCCUCGAAAUACGCCAGGUAUGUGGCGUUCGGCUCGCUCCUGUUCAUCCUCAUCUCCAUCUCAACAUUUUGCUUGGAGACACACGAGGCCUUCAACACCAUCUACAAUAAGACAGAGAACGUGACGGUGGGGAACGUCACGCGGGAGGAGAUUGUGUUUGAGGUAGUGACUGACAACUGGCUGACCUACGUGGAGGGCGUAUGCGUCAUCUGGUUCACCAUCGAGGUGUUCGCCCGUGUCAUCUUCUGCCCGGACAAGGCCGAGUUCUUCAAGAGCUCGCUGAACAUCAUCGACUUUGUAGCCAUCCUGCCCUUUUACCUGGAGAUGGCGCUGAGCGGCCUCUCUUCUAAAGCGGCGAAAGACGUGCUGGGCUUUUUGCGUGUGGUUCGAUUCGUCCGAAUCCUGCGAAUCUUCAAGCUCACGCGCCAUUUCGUGGGGCUGAGAGUGCUGGGUCACACGCUCCGUGCCAGCACCAAUGAAUUCUUGCUCCUCAUCAUCUUCCUUGCUCUCGGAGUGCUCAUCUUCGCCACCAUGAUCUACUACGCCGAGCGCAUCGGUGCCGAUCCCGCCGACCCCACGGCAAGCGCCCACACCACCUUCAAAAACAUCCCCAUCGGCUUCUGGUGGGCAGUGGUCACCAUGACGACACUGGGCUAUGGUGACAUGUAUCCAGAGACAUGGUCUGGUAUGUUAGUCGGUGCCCUGUGCGCCCUGGCGGGCGUGCUGACCAUCGCCAUGCCUGUGCCCGUCAUUGUAAACAACUUCGGCAUGUACUACUCUCUGGCAAUGGCUAAGCAGAAGCUGCCCAAGAAGAAGAACAAGCACAUCCCGCGGGCUCCGCAGCCUGGAUCGCCCAACUACUGCAAGCCAGAUGCCCUGGCCAUGGCCACUGCCUCGCCACACAGGAUCAUGGGUAAUGUGCUGGGCAGUAUGGUGGUCUCUGGAAGCAUGGCAGGAGACUGUCCUCUUGCACAGGAGGAAAUCAUAGAGAUUAACAGAGCAGACUCAAAACAGAAUGGAGAUGCUGCAAACGCAGCUCUGGCUAAUGAGGACUGUCCCACCAUAGAUCAGGUGCUAGGGCCAGAUGACAGGAGUCCGGCCACCAGUGGGUUGGGGACAUGCACAGGGCGUGAACGUUACCCCCACGAUAGGGCCUGCUUCCUUCUCAGUACCGGAGAGUUCCGCACCACAGACAGCAAUGUCAGGAAAGGUUGUGUCGUGUCAUGCGUUUCUGCUGGUUACGAGAAGUCCCGCAGCCUCAAUAACAUCUCGGGGAUGACAGGGGCCCCCCUGCGCUUGACCCCCAUCACCCCCAUCAACAACCCACCCUAUGAGCCCUACGAAACCCCUGGCCCCCUGCGCCGCUGCCGAUCCCCCAUACCCUCCAUUCUGUAGCACAUCUUAGGGAACGACGACAAAAUAUGCACCAUCAUACCGCAAUAGUAUUAAUAAUCACAAUAACGAUGCUAAGUAUUCACACCUCUGCUCCUCCAUUGACUGGACAGGGUGGGGGUACACAGCACUCUUUUUAAUAUGUCAUGCCUCAAAGGGUGGGAUGAAUUUGUUUAGGGAUUUAGAGCUUUAAGUACUAAAAUUACUUCAUCGCAUAUACUUCAGGCAAUAUUUCAGACAGGCAACUAAAAAUUAUAUGCUGUAACGUAAGCGGAUUAUGCCUUAUCAAAGAUGAAAAAAAAGAAGCACUGAAUAUUAUUAGGAUAAAACUCCUCACUGGUCCAUAGACAGCGACGAGCACCUUGUAGGAAAUCUACCCCUGUAGUUGAAUGACAGUAGUUGGCUUUUCCUCAUGUUCCUGCCUGAUUGCUGGUUGUAUAAAAAAAAACACGAGACUGUGAUCCAGCAGGCUUAUUCAUUGAGUACUAGUCACUGAGAUCAGCUUUGAUACACCAUAAUAGGCCUUGAAAAAUCCACUUCAUAUCAAAGCUUGGAAUGAUAAAGGUCAUAGGUCACAGACAACAUGCAAGUAGUUCAAGUGCAUGCUAGAAAAGACGUCAGUUAGGCAAGUAGAAUAUAACUAAACUCCCAAUCACCUUUAACUGCUAUGAAGAUAUGAAAAUAAACGCACCAUAUGCUGGACUGAUUUGAACUUCUAAUUAAGCCCUGAUUUGACUGUGAUGAAGGAGUUUUUGGUGAUUCAGGCCAUAGAACAUGAUGAGUAUUAUGAUUAUGAUAAAUACAAGGACCAUCUUUAAUCACACACUAAGUAUUUCCUACAGCAACAUUUGUUGUCACUUGAUAUUUUAAACUAUUAAGUCACACCGUUAUUAUAAUUAUGCUCUAUUUAGGACAAAGACAAAUGUUUAAACCAUUGUAGUGCAAUAUCAACUAUUAUGAUGACCUCUGACCCUGAGAAGCUGGAGAUAAAUCCUGCAAACUUUACUAUGUGUAACUAUUAACUGUUGUAAACUAACAGAGAGACCGAGAACUGAUCAUUAUUUAAAAAAUACGCUAUUUUUGUACUAAGCAUUUGGACAUUGCAAUUCGGAUCGGGGUUUGGAGUUGUGCUGGCGGCUUUGAGUUGACAUUUUGGGAGGACAGGAUAUCGUGCUGUUGCAUGGAGAUCUACAAUUAACGUUUUGGUUUUUGUAUUUUGAUUCUCCUCAUAUUCAAUACCAAGUACCACGAAAUGAAAAGAGCAGUGGUCUGGACAAAUGGCGGGAAAAAAUAAAUAAAUAAGGAGGAGCCAUUCCUAUUAAGGGCCUAUAACCUUCUGCACUUCUUCGGGACCCUUUUCAGUUUGUAUACUAGUGCAUGAAGGAACUGUCUUUAAAAUAUAUCCUUUCCUUAUUAUGGUAUUUCCUCAUUAAUAUGAAGACAUAUCAAGCUGAACUGCACUCCUCACUGCAUAUCCACAUAUCCUGGGGCUGUGGUGAACCAGACAGUGGCCUCUAAUGUUUCCCUACAAAGGGCAAGAAUUAGCUGGACCUUUUCAUCAUCAUCACUGGCAUUGCCUUCCCUCAUCAUAAUCAUUUUCUGAUUACUGUUAUUCCUAUCAUUUGAAUGCAGUAGAAAAUCAGUUCAGUUUGUUUUCUCUUUGGUCCUCUUCUUUUCUUUCUCUGUUCCUUUUUUUUACCUGCUCUGUCUCUUGGAUGCUGACCUUCGUUCCAAUAUAAAGGAGGGAACAUUGAAUGGAUGCUGGAUUGACAGCGGUCAGUAAGAGAAGAAAAAGAAAAGAUGACAAAAUGAACUCUCUGAAAUGCAGAUAUAUGAGCCAUAUGUUUCACUGUGGGGGAUUUGUGUCGAUCUGCUGCAUAUUUGAGUGCACAGAUGCAAUACACACCUCUGCUGAAGAUAUCUCUGCAAUGGCAGCUCACAAAGCUUCUUGUCUUUUUCUCCAUGUGAAACAACAGAAAACCUGGGGUAUAAAUGACAAAACUUUAUCAGAAAGCAAAGUAGCACUAUUUAUUGUCUUGCAACUGAAAUAUUUUACAUACACAUUUAAUAUUUAAUCAUUUGUUAAUUUACUGCAGUUCAUCUGUAAUCAUUCUUCUGAAUUAAGCAAUAUAUUUAUUUUACUAUUUAUUUGCAUUUAGGUUUUUUAUUUUCAUGUUUUUGCUAUUGCCACAUUACUUGUUACACUCCUCUUUCCCUCCUCUCUUCUUUCCUGU